AUGCCUGGGCGUUCCAGUUCAAAUUCAGGUUCAACUGGUUUCAUAUCCUUCAGCAGCAUAGAAUCUGCUCUCUCCUCCUUAAAAAACUUCCAAGCCUGCAUCAGCACCGGAAUGGACACAGCUUCUAGUGUUGCUUUCGAUCUUGUGGAAACUCAGACUGAAGUGAGUAAUGAAUACAGUAUGGAUAAGGCAAUGAUUGAAUUUGCUAUGAUGGAUCGGGAACUAAAUCAUUAUGUAAAGGCUGUUCAGUCGGCGAUAAAUCAUGUAAAAGAAGAGCGUCCAGAAAACAUACCAGAUCUAAAGUUAUUAGUGGAGAAGAAGUUUUUGGCUUUACAGAAUAAGAAUUCUGAUGCAGACUUUCAAAACAAUGAAAAAUAUGUGCAGUUUAAGCAACAGCUGAGAGAACUGAAGAAGCAAUAUGGUCUCCAAGCAGACAGAGAGGCUGAUGGACCAGAGGGGGUCGACGAAGAUAUGAUUGUGACCCAGAGUCAGACCAACUUCAUCUGCCCCAUCACACAGUUGGAAAUGAAGAAGCCAGUGAAAAAUAAAGUGUGUGGCCACACCUACGAAGAGGAAGCCAUUGUUCGGAUGAUCGAGUCCAAGCAGAAACGGAAGAAAAAGGCCUGUUGCCCUCAAAUUGGCUGUAGCUACACGGAUGUGAAGAUGUGUGAUCUGGUCCAGGACGAAGCACUGAGAAGGGCGAUUGAGAGCCACAACAAGAGAAGACACCGGCACUCCGAGUAG